ACAUUUCAUGAUAAUUUUUUCAGAAAACAGUAUGGUCCAACAGUAGAUAUCUGGUCUUUAGGAAUAAUGUGCAUAGAAAUGAUCGAGGGAGAGCCACCAUAUUUAAAUGAAAACCCAAUUAGGGCAUUGUAUUUGAUUGCAACCAAUGGUAAGCCAGAGAUUAAGGAGAAACAUACAUUGUCUCCUGUCUUCCAAGAUUUCCUGGAUAAAUGUCUUGAAGUGGAUGUUGAAAAAAGAGCAGCUGCCUCAGAGUUACUGAAGCAUCCAUUUCUACGUCUAGCUAAGCCUUUAGCCAGUCUAGUUCCUCUUAUAAUGGCUUCCAAGGAAUCACAGAAAGGACACUAACUUUUCCAGGAACUAUUAAUUUUUAAGGUAUAGCAUGUGAUAGGUGUAUUCAAAACAUGACUGCUGGUUCAGCAUUGCUUCAUCAUUGGCUUCAUAGACUACUUGUGCACACAUUAACAGUUCAUCACCUGUCAAGAAAUUACAGAAAGUGUCCCAUUUAUGUUUAGUACAGGAAU